CGCCUGAAUGUUGGGUGAUGAUGGUGUCCAGAUUCCAGCUAUGUGGGGUCCUUGGCCCGAGGGUGUCAGAACAGUCAGGUCUGUGGGGCUUGCAGAGUGUGCCUCAGGCUGAGUGGGAGACACCCAGAGAGGGUGUCUGUAAUGGUGUGGGUAUGGACAGUUGCCCCACCAGGAAAUAGAUCUGAUGGGGCAGGCAGGUGUGGGCCUGUCAGCAUGGGCCCCGCCCACUGCCCUCCCAGUGGCUGGUACAGUCAGUGGCUCUGGGCACAGGCCUCAACAGGUAGCUCAGUCCUGCCACUGCACCCACUAUGGUGUCCCGGGGCUGUGCCCUGCCGGGCCCCAUGUACGUGGGGCUGUGGGACUUUGAGGCCCGCACAGAGGAGGAGCUGAGCUUCCAGGCAGGGGACCUGUUCCACGUGACCCGGAAGGAGGAGGAGUGGUGGUGGGCUGAGCUGCUGGACGCAUCGGGCCGGUCCCUGGCUGAGGGCUAUGUGCCCCACAACUACCUGGCUGAGAAGGAAACCGUGGAGUCUGAGCUGUGGUUCUCCGGCUGCAUCUCGCGCUCAGAGGCAUGUCACCGGCUGCUGGCCGAGGGCAUGGAACAGGGGGCCUUCCUGGUCAGGGUCAGCGAGAAGCCAGGUGCUGACUAUGUCCUCUCAGUGCGUGACCAGCAGGUGGUGCGGCAUUACAAGAUCUGGAGGCGUGCGGGGGGUCAGCUACACCUCAACGAGGCUGUGUCCUUCCCUAGCCUGUCUGCACUCGUGGCCUACCACCAGGCCCAGAGCCUGUCCCAUGGUUUGCGGCUGACUACACCCUGUUGGAAGCAUGAACCUGAACCCCUACCACACUGUGAUGACUGGGAGAGACCCAAGGAGGAGUUCACACUCUGCAGGAAGCUGGGCUCUGGCUAUUUUGGGGAGGUCUUUGAAGGGCUCUGGAAGGACCAGGUCCGAGUGGCCAUCAAGGUGAUUGCCCGAGAUGACCUCCUGCAUCAACACACCUUUCGGGCGGAGAUCCAGGCCAUGAAGAAGCUGCGGCACAAGCACAUCCUGGCUCUGUAUGCUGUGGCGUCCAUAGGUGACCCUGUCUACAUCAUCACAGAACUCAUGCCCAAGGGGAAUCUGCUGGAGUUGCUGCGGGACUCCGACAAGCAGGCCCUGCCUGUUUCGGAGCUGGUGGACAUCGCCUCACAGGUGGCCGAGGGCAUGUGCUACUUGGAGUCACAGAACUGCAUUCAUCGGGAUCUGGCCGCCAGGAACAUCCUUGUGGGGGACAACAACAUCUGCAAAGUUGGGGACUUCGGACUGGCCAGGCUCAUCAAGGAGGACAUCUACCUCUCACACGACCACAACAUCCCCUAUAAGUGGACAGCCCCUGAGGCGCUGUCCCGAGGGCUCUACUCCACCAAGUCUGAUAUCUGGUCCUUUGGAAUUCUGCUGCACGAGAUCUUCAGCAGGGGCCAGAUGCCCUACCCAGGCAUGUCCAACCACGAGGCCUUCAUGAGGGUAGAUGCUGGCUACCGCAUGCCCUGCCCGCUGGAGUGUCCGCCUACCGCACACAAGCUGAUGCUGUCAUGCUGGCACCGAGACCCCGAGCAGCGGCCCUGCUUCAAGGCUCUGCGGGAGCGGCUAUGCAGCUUCACCCGGUAUGAGAACCCCUGAGCACUGGUGCAGAGCCACCAACUUAUCAGGACUGGCUGUCUCCAUACCAUAGAAGGGAGGCAUGACUCCCCACCAUGCUGCAGCAGAUAUGGCACCUGGUAGGAAGGUACUGAUGGCUGACCCCCGGGGGCCAGGUCACUGUCACUGUCCUCUUGCCAGCAUAGCUGUGUCAUGUCUGAACACUGCUGGAAAGACUGAAUGGGGGCUCGGGCAGCCCUGUGGGGCACUGCAUCUGUGGGUGCAGGUUAGGGGUAGGGAAUAAGGACUGUUCUACCCAGCCCUGCAUGGACCAUAUGGCUUGGGACACAGGACCCUGGCUGAAGGCACAGCCAUGGAUGGCUAGGGUAGAUCCUUGGGCUGUUUUGGGGGUUGGGGGGAGACCUAUGCAUACCCCAGGACAGACCCACCCUCACCUCCAGUCAACUUGCCCCACUAAGCUGCCUCCCCAUUUCCCCAGCAGGCUUGGGUUCCCCUGUAGUGGACAUGAUCAGUUCACUGUUGGCUCUGCUCUCAAGGACCCUGUAUCCCCCCAAGUCAGAUUUUUCUCAGGGUGAGAAGGUCCCUCCUGGUAUCCCUGCUCACAGGCUUGAGGUCUCUGAGUUAAAGGUGACAGUCUUGCAGGAAGUUGCUUGUCACAGCAUGGUCCAACUCUCAAGUCCACAACCUGCCCCUUCAUUACCCCAUGCUGUGUGUGUGACUUUAUCAAGGUCACCCCAGCUUGGCCAGGACCCAGAUUGUGGGGAGGCUUCUGCCCUCAGCAUCCACCCUGUAGAUUCUCCAAUGCCUACUCUUCCAAACUCAAUAGCAGAGGGGCCCAGGAAGCAGGGCCCUUCUCCACCCCCUUCAAGAAGCUGGGAGGUUGAGGGGUACACGGACCACUCAUCCCACCUGAGUACUGGCUGCUGGGAGUUUAUUUCCACUAAGGGCAAGGCACGUCAUCAUGGUCAUCAUGGUAUAAGGGAGUGUGCAGUGUGAAGAGUAAACAGCUCAGUUCCUCAA